AUGUCGCAGGAUCCAGUCUCGGUCGGGACAGAGCCAGCAAUCCACCUCUUUGUGUUCAGAAAGACGCUCAAGAUCCGUCAAGGCUGGUCCCAAGACGGUGGCAGGACCAAGGCGUUCCUCAAUGUGAGUUUUGACCUCGGGCAGGUGGAGCGGAAGAUCCUGCACUUUGAUCGGGGGGUCUUCGUGUACGAAAUCCGGAUCCUGCCCGGUAACGUCAUCGAGGGGGUCAAGGUCGUCGAGUUGUCCAAGGGCAAGAUAUAUGAGAACUCUGAUCCUCAGAUGUUUCCGCUCGCCGGCGUUUCGUUUGCGUCUGGGGUGACGGUCCGGUUUGAGGUGCUUCCCAAGGCUGAGUUCUGGGCCGUGCAUGAAGCUCCCGUCAUGGAGGCGCUAGCUGGUAGAUACACCGAUGUGGCGGACGCGGAGAGGGAUUAUGUCGCCAUGAACAAGCGAGCCGUUCUCGUGGAGGCCAGGGAGGAGCUCCAGAAGCUGGCGGUCCAGGGCUGCACGGUCAAGGGUGCUGUCGUGGCGGAUCGAGUGGUGCUGGGGAUAUGGCCCGCCGAGGAGCGGCCGUUCCGCUUGUAUCGGGGAUGCACCAUCCUCCUCCGGGGCGCGAAAUGGUUCCUCCCGGCCAAGGCGCAGAGCUAUCCAGUUCCGGGGAUGAAGGGAGCCUCAGAGUGGACAGCAGUGGUCACGGAGUCUUCGAUGAAGUGGAAGCAACUUCUGUCGGCCCCGAUCCACGCCCUCCUCCGCAACAAAGUCGAGCCCUGGAAGGUCCCCCGCAUCAACGAAGAGCACGUCAAGAUUCUCCCUCUUUUGAACCCGGCUAUCGAGGAGGUCUCCGUCCAGGCCAGUGAGUUCGACAACAUCUGCCGUGCCUUUGAACUCCAAGACGCGGGCCUCUCAGCCAGCCAUCGCCUCGGCUCCUUGUUCCUGCCGCACAGUCCAAUGAUCACCACAUAUCACCCGGUGCCACUGCCAGACAAGCCCGGCAAGCUCAUCCCGGCCUCGUGGGGUCUGGACGACCUACAGAAGCAAGCGGUGAUACAGAUCGUGGAGCACCGGCUAUCGCUCGUGGUUGGUUCACCCGGAACAGGCAAGACGAGGACAGCUGCAGCUAUAGCAGCGUUUGUGAGCAGCAUCCUCCCCGCUGGGAAAGCAGGAUAUGCCAAAGUGGCCAUCUUAGGACCUACCCACGCAGCGGGAGAAGCCGUGAUCAACCAGCUGGCCCCUUUCUUCCGGUCCUUUGGCCUCCAGCCACGGUUCCUACAUCUCCGAUCCUGGGGCGAAACCGAGGCAAGGCUUUUCGCGGGCAAAGAGUCGUUGCACGACGAUAUGGGCCGGAUGCUGCUCCUCGCCAACCACGACAAGCCCUCCUUCGCCGCUUUCUCGGAAGGAGUGGAAGCCAUCCGGAAAUCGGGGACAGCUAGUGGCUACACCGAUAUGCGCCGCUUUUCGGCCCAGAGAAGUGCCCUCGUCGAGGAGAUGAUGAGACACGUGGAUAUUGUGGUCACCACCCCCGUCAACGUCUCCGAAAUGCUCCGCCGCAGGUUCAACCCGGAGUAUCUCGUGUUCGACGAGGCCAAUGCCUACCGGGAUACGGAGAUCUUCCACGUCCUGGCCAAGCUUCCGGGGGCGUCGCGAAUGCUGUUCCUGGGGGACUGCAGGCAGAUGUGGCCUGUCGCGUUCACGAAAGACGGGCAAUCGGCCUGGGCGGAAUCGGCGUUUGAGCGACUCACCAGGAAGCCCUACAAGAGGACGGUGCUCAACCAGCAGUUCCGGGCGCACCAAGCCCUCUACCAGCCGACAUCUCUCAUCUACAACGAUGGCCAGGAGGUAAAGAGCGCGCACUGCACCUCGCCCUUCGCCAAGAGGUUCGCCGGCAAUGCCACCAUCACGAUCAGCCACAAAGGCCGCGCCUGGGCCCUCAAGGACAUGGUCGGAUUCCUCCACAUCCGGAGCCCGACAUCUCAGGACACGGACGGCUCCCUCAUGAAUGCCGGCGAGGCCAGUCUGGGGCUGGCCCUGGCAAUGCAGCUGAUCGCCAGCGGGGUCAAGGACGUUCUGAUCAUGUCUGCGUAUCGUGCCCAGGUGGCGACGGCAUCGAACCUCCUGGCAAGCCGGUGGCCGAACGCCCCCAUCGUCCCCAGGAUCCAGACAGUCGAAGCCUCUCAGGGCUCCGAGGCCGCCGCGACCAUCAUCCUGGUCACGAGGAACAUGGGCGCGGCAAGUGUGCUGCGUACCUCCAAGAGGUUGAACGUCAUGACGUCCCGGGCGCGUCACUUCCAGUAUUUCGUGGGAAGCUGGGACUGGGUAACGGGUAGGGAGCUCCGACAGGGCGCCAGGCACCUCGGUGAUCUUUUCCAACUGUUGGAAAAGAACUUCCCUAACUUUGUGAUUGGACGUUGA